AUGAGUUAUGAUGUGAUUCCAUUAGUAUUUCAGAAUUGCUCCAAUAUUUUCCGUCCGAAUCAUGAUGAAAAAUAUGCAAAUUGUUCGAUAACUGGCGGCGAAGACCCAUGUUUUCUGUUAAAGGAGCUCCAUCGCGCAAAGGAAUACCGAACCUAUUUUCUCGCAAUUCUUCCGAUUAUUCUAUCCGUUAUUGCGUGCAUUUUGAACAUUUGCUAUUUGAUUUUGCAAAUUAAAUGCUUCCGAAAUGAAAAAUCGAGUUUCAAAAAACGGCAAGUAUUCCUGAUAAGCCGGUCAAUCUCCACAAUUCUUGCCAAUGUGCUUUUCUAUAUCGUCAUAAUCGUCUGGAAAAGCAACGGAUUCAUGUAUACCUCAGCAAUGAUCUUCAUUCUAAUCGGUUCCGUCAAUUUCUUAUCAGUUACUGGAACUUAUAUCGGCCUAACCAUUCUUCUUUAUAUUGCAAUCGCAGAAAUUCUAUUCUACAGACGAAUCUCAUUGAAACACUGUUGCCUUAUUCUCGUCUCUAUAUGGGUAUUGUCUAUUGCCUCUUCGGUAUGCGUCGGCUUGUGGGGAGCCACCUUAUUCUAUCCGGACACUGCUCCAAUCUCAUGCUCAUAUGAGCAUUGUCAACGUCCACUGGCAAUCACAAUCGUUGUUUGCCUAUCGGUGUGCUAUGGCACGGUUCUCAUUUUAUAUCUUGCAAUGCUCUUAAGACUUCGAUAUUUAAUGAAAAAAUCGAGAGCAAUCCAGUCGAGAUCGAAUUCGAGCAGCAUGACAGCACUGAAGAGGCUGAGUCUCAACAUGAUCACGUUUGCAGUUGGCAGUGUUCCAAUACUUAUCGUUUGUAUUGUCGCACUUGCUAAUUUGAAAGAUCUUUCCUCAUUAGGCGAAGGGGACAAAAGCCCUUGCAAGACUUAUCUUCACAGCUCGCUGUUUGUCGAAGUGGAGCUUCUUGCGAGCAUCGCUGCAAUUGUGUGGUUAAUUGGGAUGAUCAUUGAUCCAGCAAUCAACACGAUGGCUGAUCACAAGUUCCGAUCUGUUAUUCUUAAAAAGGUUCGCAUAAUAUCAUUAUCGUUGCGACGCCACAGCGCAUCCAAAUCGACGCUAUCCACUGAUGAUCUACCAAAGGAGCAGAAUAAUAAUUGUGAAAAUGAACAAUAA